AUGGCGUUCACAUUAUACGAUGCAACCAUUGUGGAUGCAAAGACCAUCCUUGAGACUUUGGAUGGUCUCCUCGAGAAAGCAGAGGAACAACCCAACGCGGAAAAUUUCCUCAAAGCGCGGCUCUACGAGGAUAUGAACCCCCUCACCUUCCAGAUCCACGCAGCCACAAGGUUCACAGAGCUCGUCCUUGCCAGGCUCACUGGGAGGGAAGCCGUGCAGUACGAGGACAACCUCGUCUCAUACGCCGACAUGCACGCACGCAUCGCCGAGGUUCUGGCGGCCCUUGAAAAGGCGGACAAGGAUACUGUCAACCGAUAUGGAGAGGAGGUUUUGCCGACAGCUUUGCCAUCUGCAGGGACAAUGGACAUCAGUGGGAAGGCGUUUGCCAAGGGAGCAGCGAUUCCCAACAUCUACUUUCACCUAAACAUGACUUAUGCCAUCUUGAGAAAGGAGGGAGUGCCUUUGGGAAAGAAGGACUAUGCGAUGGGGUUUGCCAUGGAUCAUAUUCUCAAGCCGAAGCAAUGA